AUGGAUCCUUGGAAUAACUCUAGUUCAACUGAACUCAGCCAAACCAAUACAUUAAUCAACCAUUUUACUGACUCAUUUAUUGACAGCAAUAUCCUGAAUGAAAAUGAUCAAGGAUUUGCCAAGCUCCCAGAUUCUGAUGAAUAUCUAAAGAUUUUAGAAAAUAAAUUGAAAAACUUGGAGAAGAGGAAAGGUCAGAAAGGAUUUGAAGAGAAGAAGGAAGAUAUUCUAGGAAACCUACUCAGAUCUGAGAGUAAACAAUUACUAGGAAUACUCAGCGAAUCCGACAUCAAUCUCGACCAGGCGGUUGAUACAAACCAAGUUCUCCGUCAACUAGUUCCUCAGCAACCUCUCACUGUCGGAGAAACAAUUCCUCUGGUUGACUCCGACGUGCUAGAUAAAACCUUCUCCGAGAGUAUAGAAGAAGAUGAGUUGUUAAAUUAG